AUGGCCUCUGUCGAGACAAUUCUCCAGGGCGUGAAUGUCCUCGGCGCGGUCAACGAUGAACAGAAGAAAAUACUCACACCACAGGCGCUGUCGUUCCUGGCACUGCUGCACCGGUCCUUUGAUGGCACACGCAAGAGCCUGUUGGAACGCCGGAAACUGCGCCAGGCUGAACUCGACCGCGGCCAGCUGCCUGACUUCCUGCCCGAGACAAAGGCCGUCCGCGAGGAUCCGUCUUGGAAGGGAGCUGCACCAGCUCCGGGGCUGAUUGACCGCCGUGUGGAGAUCACCGGGCCGACCGAUCGCAAGAUGGUGGUCAACGCGUUGAACUCGGAUGUGUACACGUACAUGGCCGAUCUUGAGGACUCCAGUGCACCGACGUGGGAGAGCAUGAUCAAUGGCCAGGUCAACCUGCACGACGCUGUACGGCGGCAGAUCGACUUCAAGCAGGGCCCCAAGGAAUACAAGCUGCGGACAGACCGCACGCUGCCGACACUCAUCGUGCGGCCUCGUGGCUGGCAUCUGGAGGAAAAGCACGUGACGGUGGACGGUGUGCCCAUCUCGGGUUCGCUCUUCGACUUUGGCCUGUACUUCUACCACAACGCGCGCGAGUCGCUGGCACGCGGCUUCGGCCCCUACUUCUACCUGCCCAAGAUGGAGUCGCACUUGGAGGCGCGGCUGUGGAACGACGUGUUCAACUUGGCACAGGACUACGUCGGCCUUCCGCGUGGCUCGAUUCGCGGCACGGUGCUGAUCGAGACGAUCCUGGCGGCGUUUGAGAUGGAGGAGAUCAUCUACGAGCUGCGCGACCACAGCUCGGGGCUCAACUGCGGCCGCUGGGACUACAUCUUCUCCGUCAUCAAGAAAUUCCGCCAGAACCCCAACUUUGUGUUGCCCGACCGCAGCGCCGUGACGAUGACGUCGCCCUUUAUGGACGCCUACGUCAAGCUGCUGAUCCAGACCUGUCACCGUCGUGGUGUUCACGCCAUGGGCGGUAUGGCGGCCCAGAUUCCCAUCAAGGACGACCCAGUCGCCAACGAGAAGGCCAUGGAUGGCGUGCGUGCCGACAAGCUGCGUGAAGUGCGUGCCGGCCAUGACGGCACCUGGGUCGCCCAUCCGGCCCUGGCACCCAUCGCCACCGAGGUCUUCAACAAGUACAUGCCGACGCCGAAUCAACUGUUCGUCCGCCGUGAGGAUGUGCACAUUGGCGCCAACGACCUGCUUAACAUGAACGUGCCCGGUCAGAUCACCGAGGCUGGCAUCCGCAAGAACUUGAGCAUCGGCCUCGGAUACAUGGAGGCCUGGGUUCGUGGCGUCGGCUGUGUGCCCAUCAACUACCUGAUGGAGGAUGCUGCCACCGCCGAGGUGUCGCGUAGCCAGAUCUGGCAGUGGGUGCGUCACGGCGUCACCACCGCUGAGGGCAAGCGCAUCGACAAGGCCUAUGCCCUCAAGCUGCUCAAGGAGCAGACCGACGCGCUCGCCUCCAAGGCCCCUGCCGGCAACAAGUACCAGCUGGCUGCCCAGUACUUUUCCACUCAGGUCACCGGCGAGGACUACGCUGAUUUCCUGACCACGCUCCUGUACGACGAGAUAACCACUGUCGGCAGUGCCCGACCAGCCUCGAAGCUGUAG